AUGGGUAUGGUUCUCUUCUGCAGAGAUUUGUUCAACGAGCCAGUUGACGUGAAGAAGCGACGAUACUUUGAUGAGGUGUACACCGACAAAGAUCGAGCCGCUGCCGUUAGUAUAGGAAACUUUGAUAUCAAGCAAAACCUCAUCAACAAACGGCGUCAGGAGCGUAACGAAGCGUUACAAACGGAGGAAGCCGAACCGGGUGCCAUCUUGGCGUUGGGGAUGCGUGAGAUCAAGAACGGGAACUUGGACAAUGCUGUUCUGUUCAUUUCUAAGGCUUUGGAAAUGAACAACAACGAUCAAAACGCGCUGGUUGCUAGAAGCCGAUGUUUCUUGCAGCUUGGCGAACCGGGCAAAGCUUUGCAGGAUGCAGAAACGGCUCUCGUGCUGGACAAGAACAACAUCCGGGCGAUCUACCAGAAGGCGGAAGCACUCUACUACCUGGGACAGUUCGAGCAUAGCCUGAUGUUUUUUCACCGUGGCUUGCGUUUGCGUCCGGAGCUGGCUAGUUUUAGACUUGGUGUACAGAAAACGCAGGAAGCGAUCGAGAACACGAUCGGUAACAACACCAAGAACCAGCCGGCGAAGAAACCGGCCAAGCCGGACAAACCCAAGACCGCCAAACGCAAUCAACUGUCGCGGGAAGAGCUGGAAAAGCGUGCCUCCCGUCGGCUGUUGGGUGAUCUGUACAUUGACAAGGAAUAUCUGGAGAAUCUGAUCAAGCAUCCGGAUCUGCGCAAAGCGGAUACAAACACGGAAGGUGUCUCGGAGUACGCUAAGGAUGCGAUCAACUUCCUCAACAAUAGACAAGAGUUCUGGCGCCAGCAAAAGCCUUGCACCAGCUUGAAUGCGAAGAAAAUUAGCGGCGCCAACGGUAUGCUUCCACGAUGGUUGUAA